UAUAAUUUUACAAAUACCUUCAAGUUUGUUCUAUGAGAUUUCAACAUGGAGAAUAUCACUGAAGUUACCAUAUUUGUUCUGAAGGGCCUCACGGAUAAUGUUGAACUGCAGAUCACCUUUUUCUUCUUGUUUCUAGCAAUUUACCUCUUUACACUCAUGGGAAAUUUAGGACUCAUUGUACUAGUCAUUGGUGAUUCCCGGCUUCACAACCCCAUGUACUAUUUUCUGAGUGUGUUGUCUUCCGUGGAUGCCUGCUAUUCCUCAGUUAUUACACCAAAUAUGUUAGUAGACUUUAUGUCAGAAGAUAAAGUUAUUUCAUUCCCUGGAUGUGCAGCACAGAUGUUUCUCGCUGUUUCUUUGGGAACCAUGGAAUGCUUUCUCUUGGCUGCAAUGGCUUAUGAUCGCUAUGUAGCCAUCUACAACCCACUUCUGUAUUCAGUGAGCAUGUCACCCAGAGUCUACCUGCCACUCAUGGUUGCUUCCUAUGUCGGUGGCAUUUUACAUGCUACUACACACACAGUGGCCACAUUCAGCCUGUCCUUCUGUGGAUCCAAUGAAAUUAAACACAUCUUUUGUGAUAUCCCUCCUCUCCUCGCUAUUUCUUGUUCUGACAUUCACACAAACCAGCUUCUUCUCUUCUACUUUUCUGGCUCUAUUGAGAUAUUGACUAUACUAAUAGUCCUGGUCUCCUAUGUUUUCAUUCUGGUGGCCGUUCUGAGGAUGCACUCUGCUAAAGGGAGACGAAAAGUGUUCUCUACAUGUGGCUCUCACCUAACCGGAGUGUCCAUUUUUCAUGGAACUGUUCUCUUCAUGUAUGUGAGACCAACUUCCAGCUACACUUUGGAGCAUGACAUGAUAGUGUCAAUAUUCUACACCAUUGUGAUUCCCAUGCUGAAUCCCAUCAUUUACAGUUUAAGGAACAAAGAUGUAAAAGUGGCAAUGCAAAAAGUGUUUGGGGAAAAUUGGUUUCUCAAUAAAGUAUAUUUUCAUGCUGAAAACUAA